GACAGAGCGCACGCUUUCGUUCCACGCGAAAUGAACCCUGGUUCAGAAUUCAAGUCACGGUAUUCGCUCUCAAAAUCCACGUGAUUAAAAAGUAAAUAAAAUUUCAUAAGAAAACUAUCUCAGUGUAUAAAACAGUUACUGUUUAAUAGUGGGUGGAUUAUCAUUUCUUAGGACCGAACAGCGACAACUUUGAAAGGUAUGAGGAAUUGUAGAUGCUAUCUAAAAUUGGAAUGAAAAAGUAAAGAUGAGCAACAAAAUGGACCCUCCGAACAAAAUUUACCACAUUUACGAAAUAAGAUGAAAUGCCAGACGAAAAUGAAAACAGAGAGAUGCAAAACGACUAACAAUGAAUGAACAAGAAUUACAAGGUUAUUUACGUACUGAAAUUGCAGAUGAAAAUAAAUGGAACGAAACUUACACCGUUACAGAUUUGGUUGAAGUAGUAAAUAUAACUGACAUUGACGAAAAUGUUAGAGAGGUGAAUAAUUGGUGGGGAUUAGUGGCUCUGGUGUUGGUCGUAUGUACUGCCGCUGGAAAUGUGCUGGUGUGUCUUGCGAUUUACUUAGAACGGAGACUGCAAAAUGUGACGAACUAUUUUCUAAUGUCGUUGGCAAUAACUGAUCUGCUAGUUGCCAUACUGGUGAUGCCUUUGGGAAUAUUGACGCUUGUAAGAGGUUACUUUCCACUGCCAGCUGUUUACUGCCUAACGUGGAUCUGCCUGGACGUGCUCCUUUGCACGGCAUCCAUCAUGCAUCUAUGCACCAUCAGCGUUGAUAGAUAUUUAUCGCUCCGGUACCCGAUGAGGUUCGGAAGGAAUAAGACGAGGAAGAGAGUGACGGUUAAGAUCGUAUUCGUUUGGAUACUCUCAACGGCCAUGAGUCUGCCUUUAAGUUUAAUGUAUUCUAAGAAUGAAGAAUCAGUCCUCAUCGGUGGUUCCUGUCAGAUACCAGAUCCUUUAUAUAAAGCUAUCGGCUCCGUGAUAUCUUUCUACAUUCCUCUGGGCGUGAUGUUACUCACCUACGCGCUUACAGUCCAACUGCUAGCAAGACAGAGGAAGGGUCUAGGCCAAGGAUGGGCCGCUGGGUGGCUCGGUGCGAUUCCGAUCGAACGACGAUGCACCUGGCGCAGAUUUCUUAGUCCAAGGGGCGGAACCCCUCAACAUUCGGCAGCAUCUACCGAAACUGAAUUGCCUCCCAUAGAUACAAGAGAUUUAUGGCUUCAAGAUUCUAGCGAACCCGCCCCUUCAGCAAUGAGUGCACUGCAUCAUUUCGGGGCAGAGAUGUUGCGUCUGUCUCGUGGCUUGGAAGCUUCCGCAGCAUCUAAACCGUCUAGCAGAGGGACCAACAUAUCAGAACGGGGAGGAAUGCUUACACCAGGUUCUCUAAGUGUUUCUUCUAGCUCCCCAUCAUCAAUGCUUCAGGAAAAACGACGGUUAUCGACGUUUGAUACAAAUACGCCCUUGAAUAGACCACGCAGUGCAUCUGAUGAUGACACAAAUGAUGGACUGCUUGCACCUGUUACAUUGACAACCAAGUCCAGGAGUUCAGAGGACGGCCUUUUAUUACCACCACCUUGCACUUGUCCUUAUUUUGGGUCAGAUGCAACACCGCCAAGACGCACUACGGAAGUAAUUAUAGUUCCAGGAGGAGACAUAACUGACUGCAAUGGAUAUCCUAGGAAUGGAAACCUAAAAAACGAUGAACCUUCAACUCCAUUUUUUAGACGAUCUAGUCGGGGUGCAUCAUCUAUAGUUACUUGGGAAGAAGCAAGGAGAUUUAGAAGAGGAUCUAGUUUCGGUGGUGCCCGAACAACACUUUCUACAUCUGCUAGAACUAUUCGGAACCAAAGGUCUAUUAACAAUCGUCAGCAAACUAAUGUUACUCCCAGUCCUCAGCGUCAGCUUCCGAGAACUCAUCAUUCUAGAAAUUCCAGUGUUAUAUCUCGCAAUUCGUCUCGCCACGGGCGAAUCUUACGAUUGGAACAAAAAGCAACUAAGGUUCUCGGGGUAGUAUUUUUCACUUUUGUUGUUCUUUGGGCUCCAUUUUUCAUUCUCAAUAUGGUUCCGGUAGUGUGUCCUGAAUGCGAAAGAAGAAUCGCGAGUUGGGUAUUUGAUUUUGUCCUUUGGCUAGGCUAUGCCAGUUCAAUGGUUAAUCCAAUAUUCUAUACAAUAUUUAAUAAGGUAUUCAGACAAGCAUUCAAAAAGGUAUUAUCUUGUCAGUAUUGUAAGUCGAGAAGGUAGCCCGCACCCUGGGAGCGCGUCCGUCCAACGUCGGAUCCCGGCCUCGGCGCGCUCUCAGUAAAUAGAAACAUUCGAUCGCAAUUUGUGUGAUGCAUUUUCAAUACGCUUUUAGUUGAGAAUUUUAGAUUUAUAAGAUAUCUAUUUUGUAGUAUAAAAAUUUAUAUUUUUUAAAUUGUAACUAUAUACACAAUAUGUAUAAAGAUAUGUACACAUUUUAAAUUGUUCGAAAUUUUUAGUUUUUUACUUUACUUUAAGACAAUUAUAAGUUAUUUAACACCAAUAAUAUAUUCUGAUUUAAAAAGUUAUACUUUUAGUUUAAAGAGAAGCUUUUUUAAAUCUAUUCAAAAUAUGUAACUCAUAACGUAACAGUAGAUUCAAUUAUUAUAAGCACUCGUAUAAUAUUAAGUAGAAACGAGGAGUCGCGAUGAAUUAUGAAUAAAAUGUUAGUAUUAUGUGAACUAAAAUUGAUUAAUAGCUUUUAUUUCAUAUGAUAUAAAUAUUAUACAACAAUACGUUUUUACACCAUUAUUAAGUUAAAUUUAUAGAAAAAAAAUUAUGAAAAUAUAACAGGAAUUUAUAAAAAAAUGAGCUCCUAAAACCAUAACACUCCACGAUUAAAUAAAUAUAAUGAAUUUGCACUUAGACACAAGAAAAUAAAUAAGACGAUUAAUCGAAAUAAAUGUUUAUCUAUCAUAAAUGAUAAUUGUUACCUUUAAAAAUAUAUCAACUAAAAUUCAAAUACGAAAUGUAGAAUGAAUAAUUCGUCAACGGAAUAAAACCUAAACAUAAGCGGAUUUAUCAAAUGGCAGCUUUAAUCUGCUUUAUAUAUAAAAUAACUAAUUCGGGGACGAGCGUCAGCACACGAUAGCACACUUAAUUGGUAAAGCAAAUGGAGCCCGUUGUUCCAGAGGUCACAGCUUCUUAUUCUGCAAUCUGCAAAUGUGUAGACAUUACAUACAGAUUUUUCACUCUACAUUUUUCACUUGAAUUUUUAUUCAAAUAUAAUCUCAGCAUUGCUGUAAUGUUAAAAACGUAAUUAUACGAAAAAUACAUCAAUUACGACGAGGUGCUUUCUGGGCGCUAAAUAAUCUUUAAAGUAUCCGCUUUAAUGUUAAUUAGCAUAACGUUUUCAUUUACUUUAUUGUCAUUAAUGUAUUUGUUGUUUCACUUACGAAUAUAAGUUACUGUAUUAAAAGUAUAGAAAGCUAUUUUGCUAUUGUAAUUCUAAAUAACAUAUCGAACUAUUAAUGUAUUUAAAUACUACAAGAAGCUAGUCACGAUAGAUCUCACGUAGUGUAAUCUAUUUACAGAAUAUAUUUUAGUAAUUGUUGUAUAAAACAUAUAAUCGUUUUUAAUUUUUGUAGUAAUAAAAAUUAAAUGUAAAUAAAUACUUUAUUGUAAAUAAUAUAGAUGUUUCAUAAAAAUAGAUGAUACUCACAAAUAGUUAUUAAAUAAAAAUUAAUACGUGUUAUAAUACUUUCA